CUUUGGGGUCUAUUUAAUAAGUGGCCAGCGUUUCCUGUUCUGAAGAUCUUGCAUCUUGCGCAAGAGAACACAAAACCAAACUGUUUCAAGAGAGUGGGGGGUGAAAUUGCAAAGUUAAUUUGUAUUCUAGGAGCUACGAAUUAGGUCAACAAUUGAUAGAGGAGGAAAGUAAUUCUGAUCUACUGAAGACUAAAGAUAUAUAUUUUUUUCGAUUGGACCAGUUUACUGGAUGUAGUGACCUUCUUGCAGGAUACCCACUGCAGUGGGUGAGUGAUCCUCCUCCACAGCUACAAAGGAAGAUUCUAUUCAUUGUAUACUUUUGUGAGAAUCUGAAUUGACUCAGACUGUGUAAUAACAGCUUGGAUUUAUACAGCACCCUUCACGCAGGAUAACAUCUUGGAGCACUUCCCAAGGAUGGGAUCGGAUACAGAAGGUUGGAGGAAGGAGAGAAGUGACCAUAGGCAAAGUCAAAGAGCAAUAAUGAAAGAUCGACUAGAAGAAUUGCUAGAGAUUGCCAAAUCGUAUCAAGUGAUAGAAAUUGAGGAUGACUGCCCGCAGGAAGCUUUUGUAUUUGAGUGCGAUCACAUUCUGCAAGUGCUCUACAAGCAAGUACAGCAGAUCCGAGAGGAAAACCAGCGUUUGAAGGUGGACGUCAGGCGCCUGGGGAAGCAGAACACUCGCUUCCUGACCUCCAUGCGUCGUCUCAGCAGCAUUAAGCGUGAUUCCAAUUCCAUCGCUAAGGAUAUAAAGAGUAAAGGUGAGAGCAUUCAUCGACAGCUGCAGGACAUGACCUCCUUCAUCGAUGAGAUAGAGAAGAGAUACGGGUCAGAUUCAGCUAUCGCUCGCAUUGCGCAGUCCCAGCAAUUUACCCUUGUGCGGGCGUUCCACGACACGAUGCUUGACUACAACACAGAGGAGAUGAACCAGCGGGAAAACUGUAAAACACGGAUCCAACGGCAGCUGGAGAUCAUGGGGACAGAUAUUUCCAACAACGAGAUCGAGGAUAUGAUGGAGCAAGGCAAGUGGGAUGUCUUUUCCGGGAAUCUCCUGAGCGACGUUCGAGGAGCCCGGUCCGCACUCUCAGAAAUCGAGCUACGGCACAGGGAGCUUCUGAAGCUGGAGUGCCGUAUCCGAGAGGUGCACGAGUUGUUCCUGCAAAUGGCUGUGCUGGUGGAGCAGCAGUCUGAGACCCUGAAUAUCAUUGAGUUGAACGUGCAGAACGUCCAAGACUAUGUUGGGGUCGCCAAAGUGCAGAUAAAGAAGGCCGUGGAAUAUAGGAAUAAGAAUAUCUGUAGACAGCUCUUUUGUUGUUGUUGCUCAGGUUGAUCUGUGUUCAUAUUCUCUGUGUCUGGCUGCUGGCAAUCAUCUUCCCAGGAGAUUCACAAUGUACUAUUAAGAACCUGCUUUCUCAAGGCUUUCUCAACUUGAUA